AUGAUACCUCCAUCAUGGUUGCACCUUGUAGAGCCAGCCAUCAAAAGAGUCGGUCUUACAUGUCUCCAUCUCGUUAACUUCGGCUUUGCCUUUCAUCUUUUCAAGGAAAAUGUCGCCGGCCUAUGUUUCAUGGCCGGUCCUUCUAUGCUUCCAACUUUUGACAACAGUGGCGAACUGGUCCUCGAAAGCAUUCUUCCUCAUCGGUUGUUUCCUAAUCGACUAGGAAGAGGGGAGCUCAUAACCUUGACAUCACCCGUUGAUCCCUCUCGCAUUAUUUGCAAAAGGGUAAUUGGCCUUCCGGGCGAUGUAGUCUGUGUCGAUCCCACUGGACUUAAAGCUCAUUCAACCGAGCAUGUUGUCAUCCCCAAGGGGCACAUUUGGGUUGCUGGUGAUAACGCUGCCUGGUCAAAAGACUCGCGCGAUUAUGGUCCUGUCUCUAUGACCUUAGUGAGAGGCAGAAUCGCUGCCAGAAUCUACCCGCUCAACCGAUUUACCAUUUUCUCUAAGGACGCAACUUACAUUGAACAUUGA